GGAACCCGGAAGUCGCCCGCGCUGUUGGCUUUCAGAGCCGUUCUGGGAGGGCGGGGCCCUGUGAGGGCAGCGAGCCCACGCUGGGUAGGGAGGGACUGCUGCUGAGGGACCCGCACCCUUGCCCCGCCCAGGGAGGGAAGCGAGUUUGGCCAGCCCGCGGGUGAAAGCGCGGUUCACCAGUCCCAAAGGGAAGGACGGGAUGGACGGGCCCCUAACUCCCAGGGAGUCCGCAAAAUUCAUUGCAGAGAAUAGUCGGGAUGUGUUCAUCGACGACGGAGGCGUGCGGAGGGUGGCCGAGCUGCUGCUCGCCAAGGUCUCGGGGCCCGAGCUGCACCUGGGGGGCUGGAAGGCCCUUCACGAGCUGAAUCCCAGGGCGGCUGACGAGGCCGCGGUCAACUGGGUGUUCGUGACAGACACGCUCAACUUCUCCUUCUGGUCGGAGCACGACGAGCACAAAUGUCUAGUGGGGUACAGGGGGAAGACGUACAGCGGGUACUGGUCCCUGUGCGCCGCGGUCAACAGAGCCCUCGACGAAGGGAUACCUAUAACCAGUGCUUCCUACUAUGCCACAGUGACCCUGGAUCAGGUUCAGCAUAUAUUCCGUUCUGACACGGACGUUGCCAUGCCUUUGAUCGAAGAGAGGCAUCGGAUUCUUAAUGAAACCGGGAAAAUUCUGCUUGAGAAGUUCGAAGGCUCUUUUCUGAAUUGCGUCCGAAAAAGUGAAAAAAGUGCACAGAAGUUAAUGCACCUGGUAGUUGAAAGCUUUCCUUCUUACAGAGAUGUGACUCAGUUUGAGGGGAAAAGAAUUUCUUUUUACAAACGGGCCCAAAUCCUCGUGGCAGAUACGUGGAGUGUGUUAGAGGGGAAAGGAGACGGCUGCUUUAAAGACAUCUCCAGUAUCACCAUGUUUGCCGACUAUAGAUUACCUCAGGUUCUUGUUCACCUCGGAGCGCUGUACUACUCCAAGGAACUACUGGAAAAGCUUCUCAAAGGAGAAAUGCUCUCGUAUGGGGAUAGGCAAGAGGUGGAAAUCAGAGGGUGCUCACUUUGGUGUGUUGAACUGAUCCGGGAUUGCCUUCUGAAGCUUAUUGAAAAAAAGGGUGAAAAAACUAGCGGAGAGAUCAAUUCUAUUCUUCUGGAUUAUUACUUGUGGGACUACGCCCGUGACCACCGGGAAGAUAUGAAGGGAAUUCCCUUUCAUCACACACGCUGCAUAUAUUAUUGAUCCAAAGUAAACUUGCAUUUUUGUAUCACAUAAUCAUUUGUACAGUUUCGCCUUAAUAUUAAGAGAAGGUAGGGGUGCCUGGGUGGCUCAGUCGGUUAAGUGUCUGCCUUCGGCUCAGAUCAUGAUCCCAGAGUCCUGGGAUCAAGCCCCAUAUGGGGCUCUCUGCUCAGUGGGGAGUCUGCUGCUCUCUCUCCCACUCCCCCUGCUUGUGUUCCCUCUCUCGCAGUCAAAUAAAUAAAAUCUUUAAAAAAAGGAAAAAAAAAAAAGAGAAGGUAGUAGACGUUACAGCAACAAGACAAGUGAUUACCCAGUCUCACUUAAAAAAUUUUUCCUGACCCAUCACUCUGCAUUCCCAACUUUGUCCUUUGUCUGCUUGUUGAGUUUUGAUUGUAUUUUUCUUUUCUGUGGGCACAUGACAGGAAAAAUGAAGGAAUUGUGAUGCUCUCUUUAAAGCUCACAUCUCUUAAAAUUAAUCAUGCCUUGGGCUCCUGGGUGGCUCAGUUGGUUAAGUGACUGCCUUCAGCUCAGGUCAUGAUCCCAGGGUUCUGGGAUCAAGUCCCACAUCAGGCUCGCCCUGCUCUGCAGGGAGCCUGCUUCUCCCUCUGCCUCUGCCUGCCACUCCCCUGCUUGUGCUCUCUCUCUCUCUGUGUCAAAUAAAUAAAUAAAUAAAUAAAUAAAUAAAAUCUUAAAAAAAAAAUUAAUCAUGCCUUAUAAUGUGAUUAGUCAUCAGUGAUAAUAUUUCAUCCGUUCAAUUGGUAUCUUUUCUCAGGGUGUACUAAUUUCUUAUAUACCUUGAUCCUUUGAUAUGGGGGGAUAGGGUCUUAGCUGUAUGAAUGCUGCGGCUUUUGUAUAAAUCAAUCUUGACAGCUUAUUUUCAGCUUUUUAUUGGUAUUGACAGUGGGUUUUGCACAUAGUGAUUUUCAGUUUAGGAAAUCUAUCUAAUAUUCCUUUUUUUUUUUUUUUUUUCAGUGUAACUAUACUGAAAUUGAAUAAAAGUUUUAAAAUUUUUUCUUAAACCCGGAAUGGAUUAUUUCAUUAAAAUAGAAUUUACCACAUAUAAUUUUAAAAGGUUUGCAGUGAGGGGUGCCUGGGUGGCUCAGUUGGUUAAGCAUCCUAACUCUUGAUCUCAGGAUUGUGAGUUUAAGCCCUGCUGUUGGGCUCCACGCUGGGUGUAGAGCCUACUUUAAAAAAAAAAAAAAAAAAGGUUUUAAGUGAAUUUGAUUAUUUGCUUUAUGUUGCAGACAUUUUGUUGCCUACCAAGCACUCAUUUCCCACCUUCAGCCCCACCGUCCUUCUAACAUAAUCUUGAUUUUUGUUAGCUACCAACCUUGUCAGCUAGCCGUGACUUUGUGUGAAUUCGAAAAGGCAUCCUUUUCCCCAAGCACUUUACUGCCAUCUGCUGAAAAUUUAUCAUACUAACCUUACAAAUGACAGUGACUGAAUGUGAAGGUGCCUGGCCCGCACCCCUCCCCCUUUCCCGGUACCCCCCGCCCCCCCCUUGUGCACUGCACAACUAGCACCACCAUAAGCAGUGCUUUGUUUUUAUCCCUCCCUUAUGUGACUCAGGGAAGGUGGUCCCGUCUUCAUCUCAAAAGGUAGACCGGCCUAAUAUGAAAGGUUUAUUGAUAAUCCUAUCCUCUGCCUGUGAUUGCUUUAGUAAUGGGUAUAUAAUCUGGCCAGUGACAUUGGAGGAAAGUCUGCGGGGGAAGCUUCUGGGAAAAGGUUUCUUCACUUUGAAGAAAGAGAUAGAGGAGAAGGUCCCUCUUCUCCUCUGAGCAGAGUUCUGUCUGAACUCGAUGCCUGAAGCUGUUAGUAGCCCUUGUGUGGAGCCAGAGCCGGCGCCCCUCCCCUGCUGCACCUGUCCCAGCUACUGACCUCAUUCCUGAGGUGAUGGACAUAUUGCCUGAUUGCCACCAUUUUCAGUGGGUCUUCUGUAACUUGGAGUAGAAUGUAUCAAAAUGAAUAGUUUGCAACUUAACCCGCUCUCAGGGGACUCCUCCUCCUGCUGCCUUCCUGCCCCUCUCCCUCUCCUUGGGUCCCCUCCAUCCUUGGGAGCUCUGUAUUAACCCUCAAUAAACUUUGCUUUGCUGCCCACCACUCUUCAUCUGAUCUACCUCUUCAUUCCUCGAAGUGGCGGGACCAACAAAUUCUGGCACUAAGGGAAAAGAAAUCCUGCAACAUUAGUUCUUAUUCCUUUGUGACUCAAUUCCUUUUAAUGAAGCUUUUGCUCUGUAACAAGUUCAAAAACAUUUUGGCUUUUUUUUUUUUUCAUAUUUCAUAAAUUCUUCAGUGGCUACCUGAUGAUUUGCCUCCCUCUAUAAACUCAAGUAAGUCGGCCAUGGGACCAAGUUAGUGCCCUCCCACCGAAGCAAACAGGUUGGGUUAAUGACUUGUCACUGCAUGAAGUGUCUCAGUAAGAGGAUGAUUUGGGGGAGGGUCUAAGGAUGCAGUGCUCUCUCUAGAUUGGAUGCUGUCAGAAAACAGGGGCAAUCGGACCUUUGGCUCUCUCAGUAAAUCUCAUCUAUAAAGAGAGGGCUAGGGCAAGGAAGAAGUGGAAGCCGUCCAGCAGAUGCCACUCAUUCACCAAGAUAGAAGGAUGUUUGGUACUGUGUGUGUGGCCCAACGGCCUUGUUUUUGUCUGUGCUUGGACAACAUUAUCAAGCAGCCUUAUUUCAUCUCACUUUUUCAGUCUUGAUGUUGGUAUUCUGGGAGACUGUUCAACAGGAGCAUACCAUGGGGUGCUGUGAGGGCCAGCUUUCCCAAGGGCUGCGUUCGUUCCUUUCACAACCUUUACCUUCCCCCUGGCUAGCACUAAAGAAAUGAAUAGAUUUCAUUCGAUUUCAUUCAGAAAUCAUUUAUUGAGCUCCUUCCCCGUGCUCCCUCCCCUGAAGCUGAAUGGGUCAUGCUUUAAUAAUCUGGUUGAGGAGGUACAGGUUGAAUGAACCACAGCAGAUGAUGUAGGAAUCAGCCUUGAGGCAACUUCACCUUCUUUUUCCUUGUGAGUCUGUGACCCAUCUCUCUCAGUGUACUUAGGUCACUUUUUCCUUUUUUUUUUUUUUUUUUAACUUUGGUUGAUUCUUAGCCAUUCGGUGGAUGCCAUUGUCAAAGACAAAACCUGCUCAAGUAAGGAAGUUGGUCUUGUUCCGCACAUUGUACCAUGAAUAACACCCCAGAUCCAAAGAUUAGAGUCUCCUGGCAGGGUGGUGGUGCCUUAGACUUUUCUAGGGAGGAGUAGACACGUUACAGGUUGGGGGGGAGGGGAUUUACAGGUGGGGUUGUUUUGCAGUCAGAAGGCUCACUUCACUGAACGGGAUUUCCCAGUGCUUAUCUCGCUGUCUAGCUGGUUUCGGGGAGACAGACGGUUCUAACCUCAGCUAAUCAUUAACAACACAAAGAAUGAGGGAUUAGAGGGGCAGUGUCUGGCUGUGUUAGCAGAUUUAAGCAAAAGGGGAAGGAUCUGUGUUGGGCCUUGUCACCGGUGAACAAGGGAAACGUGAGAAAGAGUUAAUAUAUUGUCUUGUUUAAGUCACUUAGAGAAGGGUGCUCCUUUUGGAUAGACUGUUUCCCAGAACAUAAAAGGAUGGGGGAUUUCAUUAAACAAAAGGUUGGAGAGAUUUCUUAAUGUCACUGUUUUCUGGAAAUACAGAGUCCAGGUAAAGUUGAACAUUGUCACCAUCAACCCUUUCUUGUGCUUGGGUAUUGGCUGGAAACAAAGUAGGCUGUCAUGGCCUGGGCAACAUUUUUAUUUGCUCAUUUAUUUUAUUUGUUCCCAAACCAUGGGAGGUAAUGACUCUCAAAGUAAGGAAGUCUAGAAUUGUGAGUUCUCCACAGUAUAAAAUGUCUAGAGUUAGGAUCCAAAGUUCUGGGCUCCCCUCAGGGGAAUCAUUAUAUGCUCCCUGCCUUGUUCUGUCAUCAACUUUUGAACAAAUCAGCUAAAAUCUCUGUGCCUGUUUAAUUCACAUAUGAAAUGGGAUAAUCUAACUCUGAUUUUUUAGUUCUGGUUACAAUUUCCUUUUUUAAUCAUUUUGUAGAAUGUAUGCAUGCCUCAAACCAUUUAUAGGAUCAGGUAGGAUGAGACUGGUGGUUAAUUUUAUAUGGCUAGGCUACAGUGCCCAGUUUUUGGUCAAACACCAGUCUAGAUGUUGCUGUGCAGGUAUUUUUUAGAUGUGAUUGACAUUUACAAUCAAUAGAGGAAUAAAGCAGCUACACUCUAUUAAAUGGGUGGGCCUCAUCCAAUCAGUUGAAGGCCUUAAGAGCAAAAACAGGUUUUUCAGAAGAAGAAACAACUCUACCUCAAGACUGAAACAUAGAAACCCUGCCUCAGUUCUCCACUUGCUGGUAUGCAGAUUUUAUUUUUAUUUUUUAUUUUUUUAUUUUUUCUUUUAGAGGGAAAGAGUGUGUGCAUGCACAAGCACUUGGAGGGGGGGAAGAGUGGGGAGGAAGGGAGGGAGAAGGAGAGAGAGAACCUUAAACAGGCUGUACACCCAGCAUGAAGCCCAAUGUGGGCUGACCCUGAGAUCAUGACCUGAGCCAAAAUCAAGAGUCAGAUGCUUAACUGACUGACCCACCCAGGGACCCCUGGCCUGCAGAAUUUGGUCUGAAGACUAUAACAUCAAUUCUUAUCUGAAUAUCCAGUUUGCUAGCUUGCCCACCAGGUUUUGGGCUUGCCAGCACCCUGCCAAUUCCUUAAAAUAAAUCUCACUUUCUCUCUGUCUAGAUGGAUUGAUGGAUGGAUAGAUAUAGAUUAUAUAUCUAUGUCUAUCUUUAUCUCUAUAUAUUCUAUUGGUUCCGUUUCUUUGGAGAACCCUAAUACAGGUAUGAAUAAGUAAUGUGGCAAAAUAACUCUUGUCUAACUCAAGAAUAUUGAAUAUAAAAUAAAAAAUUAAUAAACGCAUGGCAACACUAAAUCAUUUGCAAGAUUCCUUUCCUGUAUAAAAUUCACUGACUCAAGUCAUUGGAAGUUUGAAGAAAUACAUUAUUGUGGCAUUCAUCGAAGUUUCUCUUUUUCCUAUAAACUACAUUCCUUCUUUUCUUUUUCCUUUCUGUUUUGAUUUAUCCCACUGGGUUUAGGAUAUUUUAGUUUCUUUUCUUUUUUUUUUUUUUAAGAUUUUAUUUAUUUGACAGAGAGAGAGAGAGCGAGAGCAGGAACACAAGCAGGGGGAGUGGGAGAGGGAGAAGGAGACUCCCUGCCGGGCAGGGAGCCCGAUGUGGGACUUGAUCCCAGGACCCUGGGAUCAUGACCUGAGCCGAAGGCAGACGCUUAACGAUUGAGCCACCCAGGUGCCCCUAGGAUAUUUUAGUUUCAAGUGAAAGAAACCAGACUGAAACCAGCUUAAUGAAAAAGGAAAUGUAAUGAUAAAAAAACCACCCAAAACCCAGAUAAGUCCAGGGAAAGAGCUGGCCUUCACCAUACCCAGUUAUGGUCCAGGGAUUAAAAUGCACAAAGACCACAUCUUGUAUUUCUUUUUUGCUCUGUUGGAGGAGAUCACUCUAAUAGCUAGUGAUUCCAGGCCACAGAAUGCAAAUCUUUGCCAGUAGCACAAGCAAAAAUCCGGGGCUUGGCUGACAAGCCUGGCUUAGGUCCCAGGUCCCUGUGGCCUGAGGCAAAGGCCAAGUGAUUGGCUGGCCUACCAGGUGGAGCAGGGGCAGUUCUUGAAGAAAUAGAGAGGGGGUCUGCUUCUAGAAAGGAAGAGGAAUGGUAGGUAGCCCCAAACCUUGUCUUCUACACCUUUGUAUGUUCAGAAUUCUUCGGCAGAUCGGGAUCAUUUCAAGUUGGCAACUGCCGAGGAAGAGCUAGGAAAAGGGUAAGGCUGCAUUCUGAAUUGAUCCAAGGAAAGAAAUAAUACAAUUUCCUAUCUGGAGGUGGGAAAAACCUAGUAACUCCCUUCCUUCAAUAUUCGAUUUUAAUGUUCUCAGGAUAGACUAAGGAUUGGUUGGCAGAUGAAUUAAUUAGUAUUCUUUGGUUGUGGGAAUGGAAUUCAAUUAUUAAGGCUCAGUAACUUUGAUGAAGGCUGAGUUAAAAUGAAAAGAAACAGUAGCUCCCAAUGGUGUUUAAUAAGAAGUCUAGAAAUACUUUGAGGAGUGGUGAAAAUGGCCUUUGGAUGGCAAGUAAAAAAUAUAAAACCUAUGAGUUCAUAAUCACUCUGCCCCCACUCCAGAAGAAGAACCCUAUUGGUUGACUUUAGAGCUUGGUAGGGACCAGUUCAUUAUUCUCAAAAUCAAUCAGUGAAAGGGAAAAAAAAAAUCAAGCAUGCAUCCUGUCAUUCCUAACUGCUGUACUAUUUUCAGGAUAACCCGAUAGAGGGAAAGCUCUUCUUAUAAAACAAUUCCAGCUAAUAAAUGCAAAAAAGGAUAUUAGAAUUAGAACAUUACCAUUUUGGAAGCCCUAAUAAAAUAAUAGAUCCAGAAAAUGAUCAUCAGUGUCUGUUAAAACCAUUAGGUAAAAUGUUAAUGGGGAAAUUUUUAAAUGGAUGGAUUAGGCUGGAGGCAUCUGAACUCACUCGUAAUUUUUAUUUUAUUUUUUUAAAAGAUUUUAUUUAUUUAUUUGACAGAGAGAGAGAGACAGUGAGAGAGGGAACACAAGCAGGGGGAGUGGGAGAGGGAGAAGCAGGCUUCUGGCGGAGCAGGGAGCCUGAUGUGGGGCUCGAUCCCAGGACCCCAGGACCACGACCCUAGCCAAAGGCAGAUGCCUAACGACUGAGCCACCCAGGUGCCCCUCACUUGCAAUUUUUAACAACACUGAAAGCGGGAUAUGCAGACACUAUGUGCCUCCUGGUGUGUUGCAAUAGGAAGUACACAGUCCUGUGUAUGAAUUAUUCUUGGCAGAAAAAUUGAACCUGAAUCUAAUCAGGAAUCUAGAUCUAACUACUAGUUUUCAGGAAAUGUAGGAAAUACAAGAACAAGGUAAAAUGAAAUGACAACACAAAGAUGCGAUUGCCAAAUCUAAGAAUGUGAGAUGUUCUAAAGGACAGAUGGGCACUGUUUUUUCAAUAGAUCAUUUGUUUGUUUGUCUGUGUGUGUUUUAAAGGCGGGAAUUGGCAUGGGUGUGGAGAAAAGGGAACCCUUGUGCACUGUUGGUGGGAAUGUAAAUUGACGCAGCCACUCUGGAAACAGUAUGGCAGUUCCACAAAAAAUUAGAAAUAGAAUUACUACAUGAUCCAGCAAUGACGCUUUUGGGUAUACAUCCAAAAAAAUUGAAAGCAGGAUCUUGAAGAAAUAUGUACACACCCUUGUUCAUAGCAGCAUUACUCACAAUAGUCAAAAGUUGGAAACAACUUAAUUGUCCAAUGGAAGAUGGGUGGACAAACAAAAUGUAGUCUAUCCAUACACUGAAAUAUUACUCAGCCUUAAAAAGGAAGGACAUUCUGACACAUGCUACAACAUGGAUGAAUCUUGAGAGCCUUGAGUUGUUGAUUAACGGGUAUAGAGUUUUGCAAAAUAAAGAGAGUUCUGGAGAUUGGUUGCACAACAGUGUGAAUGUCCUCAACACUAUUGAACUGUACGCUUAAAAAUGGUUAAGAUGGAAAAUUUCAUGUAAUGUGUAUUUAACCACAAAUUUGAAAAAGACAGGGGGUAACUGUUACUGAUUAUGAGAGAAUGAAAGGCCAUAUCAACCCAAUGCUACAUGUGGACCAUGUUUGGAUCCUGAUUUGAGCAAAUAAACUGUUAGAGAGUGAGCGAGGGAGAGCGAUGCAUUAUGUAGAAAGCCACAACUCAGCUCAGCCUUUCGGGAGGCAGCGUUGACUUUGUCAUCCAACACACAUAGGCUGCAGUCUUCCCUCUGCCACUUACCAACCAUGUAGCAUUGAGCAAAUUACUUGUUUUCUGGUUUUGAUUUUUUAAAUUUCUGUAAACACUUACUGAAUCUCUGCAAUGAGCUUAAUAUUUACUAUCUAUUAAAUACUGACUAUGCUCAACAAUGUGGACAUAAAAAUAAAUAAAACAUGGUCUCUGCGGAUACUGGAGGAUUGAUCAAUGCAAGAGAAUAAAGAUCCCCUCAAAUAAGCCCAUGAAUAUGUGGGAAUUUGUCCCAUUUCAUUGAUUCUAAGACAAUUUUUUUUCACAUUUUUCACAUUUCACUUCAACUUAUAUGAACUGUAUGAAAUAUAUUUUCUUAUUCAAGAUCAUCUGAUUUGGGGUUUCUGUUACUUGUAACAUAAAGCACACUAACGAUAAACUUUUCAACGAAGUCUUUUUUUAUUUUUAAGUAACCCAGAGUUGGUUUUUGUUCCUUGGAACCAAGACUAAUUAAUUCAACUAUAAAAAUGAUUUUAACCCAGUAUUGCUGAUGGUUAUCAUUUUGGUGAGUUUUGUUGAAUAUUUUUACUAUCUAAUGUUCUUACGUGUGAAUUUCUCCCCUGAACGAAAUUGAAAAAAUUAUUGUCAUUCUAGCUACCUAACAAUUUUUGAGUAAUUAUUCCUACUUUCAAACCUCACAACAACCCUGUGAAGUAGGGAUGAGUUUUAUCCCAAUUCUUCAGGUGAAAAAACUUGGUAUUAUUUUGUAUCCUUAUUUGAAGUAUUUUCCUAUACCAAUUUUUUGUAAACAUGAGUUUCAAUGAAUAGAUAAUAUUAUUUUAUAAAUGUACCAUUAAUUUAUCAAUCCCUUUCAUUGAACAUUUAUGUAGUUUCCAAGUUUUUGCUAUUACAAAUAGUAUAAUAAACAUUCGUGCACACAAUUCUUUUUUUUUAAAGAUUUUAUUUGUUUGAGAGAGACAGAACAAGUGGGAAGGGGGAAAGGGCAGAGGGAGAGGGGAAGCAGACUUCCCGCUGAGCAGAGAGCCGGAUUCAGGACCCUAGGAUCAUGACCUGAGGCAAAGGCAGACGCUUUACCACCUGAGCCACCCAGGCGCCCCAAGCAUGUCAUUCUUUAUCCAUGUAUCUAUUUUCUCAGGAAGAUGACAAGAGGUGGGAUUAUGUAUAAAAGUGACUCUUGCUAAAUGCUUGUGGGUUACAUUAUGAAAAGUUGCUGUCAACUUUACAGGUGAGAAUGGUUUAUUAUUUUAAUUUGCAUUGCUUGGUUUAUUAGUGAAGCAAAAUGCCAUUGGCAUGCAAGCCAGACUUCAGUUUUCUUCUAAUCUUCUGCCUUCCAGGUCCACAGGGCCAGUCUCUGGUUUUGUCCAGCACUAGACUGGACUUGGGGACUGGCAUAUCUUUAAGUUCCUACAAAAAACCCUCGGUCACAAAUGCCUCAGUUAGCAAUGCUGACUUUACUGAAGAUUUUGCCGGAGAGAGGGAGGAAGGGUUCACUUUGCACACCUCUCAGCAUACAGCCUAAGGAUCCUGUUAGCCAUUUCUGUUCUUCCUGAACCUCCCUUACCAGCCGUCUUCUCCCUCCUCUCUGCUUCAGCCUCUUCCCAACACCUUCCCCUCCCUCCAUCUUACUUAUUUCUUUUCAAGAGCAGUCAAAUAAUUCUUCUCCUGGUCUCAUAUAAACAAUAUUAUUCUUUUUUUCUGAAGCCUGGGCACCAACCAACUCAAACGGAGCUGUAGGCUCCAAAGGGUCUCCUCAGCAAGAUUGUGUCUCUCUGGACAGCGCUUUCUCGUUUCAGCUAUUAAAGGUAAUAUCUCCAUGGCUUUGAACGUGGACUUCAACUACCUCCAUUGUGACCUCAAACUUUCUUCCUUUUCUUUUUAUUUAUUUAUUUUAGAGCGAGGUGGAGGAGGGGCAGAGGGAGAGAGUCUUAAGCAGACUCCGGGCUUGAAGCACAGAGCCUGGCUCCGGACAUGGAGCCCCAUGCGGGGCUCGAUCUCACAACCCCGAGAUCAGGACCGGAGCCCAAACGACUGCGCCACCCAGGUGCCCCAUUGACCUCAAACUUUCUAAUGAAGUUCUUCUUUCCAACUUAUCUCUAACUCAGGCAAAGGAUCCUGUGGGCAAAGCAUCCCCUGAGGGGAACAAAACCUACCCCCUCAAGCAAUGACAACUGCCCUGAGCCAGCAAGACCCCGUGUGAUUGACCCCAAGGAAUGGUGGAUUAGAUUUUCACUGCCCACCUGCACAUAUCCUAUCACUUUUUUUUUUUUAAGAUUUUAUUUAUUUAUUUGAGAGAGCGAGAAUGAGAGAGAGUACAUGAGAUGGGGAAGGGUCAGAGGGAGAAGCUGGCUCCCCGCCGAGCAGGGAGCCCGAUGCGGGACUCGAUCCAGGGACUCCAGGAUCAUGACCUGAGCCGAAGGCAGUCGCUUAACCAACUGAGCCACCCAGGCGCCCGAGGCCUGGUAACUUUUAACUGAAUCUUGGGCAUUUUAUUUUAUUUUUAAAAAGAUUUUAUUUAUUUAUUUUUUAAGAUUUUGUUUAUUUGGGAGAGAGAGCAUGAGAGGGGGGAGGGUCAGAGGGAGAAGCACACUCCCUGCCGAGCAGGGAGCCUGAUGCGGGACUCGAUCCCGGGACUCCAGGAUCAUGACCUGAGCCGAAGGCAGUUGCUUAACCAACUGAGCCACCCAGGCGCCCUAUCCUAUCACUUUUGCUGCACAUAUUCCUUAUAUCAACUUGGAAGCAUUUUCAGCACCUUGGGGACAGUCUUUGAGAUGCUAGUCCGCUAUCUUUCCGGUGUUGGCCUCACUGAAAUAAAUUCCUUUCCUGUUUCACCACCAAUUGUCUCUCUGCCUUCAGAUUUUGUCAGCGGCCAGUGGCCAAACUGGUCUGUUUGGGACCCCUGGAGCCAGGUGCUUCCUGAAAAUAGCAUGGUCCUGCAAAAACUUUUGUAAGCCAAAUGGUGUGAAGUGAAGAAGCAACUACCAUUAAAUUUUAUGGAAAAAUUUUGACCAUUCCCAAACCCCAAAAAUGACCUGUUGUAAUUCCUCUCUGAUACCUUAGGACACAUCUUGCUAACAAAUGCACAAAAUAAAUCAAGAUAAAGCACAGAUGCUCACAGACACACUCAAAACUAUGGCGGCUUGAUGCCCAGGUGCUAAGUGUGGUUUCCCUGAAGGCGACUCUCUUCUCCCGGGGUGCCCACUGCCUCUGUAACGGUUGGUUGCAAAAUAAACGCUGAACCUUAUUUUGACUUUCACCUUUUAUCAUAAAAUCGAAAAUCCUCUUUGGAUUUCUUCCAUUUAGCAAAAAGAGAUAGUAAUGUAAGUUCUUCAGCCAAGAGGCAUAGUGUGAACUUUUGAAAAGCAGGGGAUACCUGUAAUUCAAUUUAAUAACUAAGUAGCUUUUUUCCCCCACCUUCAUUCCUAAGUUUCAUGAGAGAAGGGAUGCUUUUUGAAAGUUACUUAAAAAAAAAGAAGAAGAAACAUCUCUUGGAAGAAAAUGCUUGGAUUGUGCUUCUAAAAAUGGGGAGGCAUUAAGGCAUUUAAAACUAGAUUGGAAAAGUUAAACAUAGAAUUAUCAUAUGACCUGGCAAUCCCAUUCCUAAGUCUAUACCAAAAGAACUGAGAACAGAUACUAAACAAAUACUGGUACGUGAAAGUUCCUAACAGCAUUAUUCAUAUUAGCCAAAAAGUGGAAACAGUUCACAUGUCCAUCAGGUGAUGAACUGAUAAAUACAAUGUGGUAUGCCCACACAAUGGGAUAUUAUUCAGCAAAAAAAGGAAUAAAAUUACUGAUACAUGCUACAACAUGGGUGGAGGAGGAAAACAUUGUUUAGCAAAAGAAGCCGGACACAAAAGGCCACAAAUUGUAUGAUUUGGUGAAUCAAAAAUGCCCCAAACAGGUAAAUCGAUACAGAGAAAGCGGACUGGUGGUUGCCAGGGACUGUGGGAGAGGGGAAUGGGAGUGACUGUUUAUUGACACGGGGAUUUCCUUUUGGGGUGAUGAAAAUGUUUUGGAACCAGAGGUGAUGGUUGCACAACUUUGUGAAUGCCUAAUGUACACCUUAAAACGGUUUGAUGUAUGUCACGUGAACUUUACUUCAAUAAAAAGAAGUGGAAUUGGCUGCAAAAAUACUGAAACAACGUGAGUCUUUCUCACAUUCAUUUUGCACACCGGC